AUGGAAGGAUGGAACGAGGGUUUCAUCGCUUCAUAUACAGGUCAAGUCCUAAGUCCAUAUACACGUUUCCCAGGUCAUAAAGGUGCCGUGAAACAGCUAUUAUCCCAUCACAAAGGUGUUAUAUCAAUUGAUGAUAAGUCGUUAAAGCUUACAAACAGAAGAGGUUUAGUUUUAUUCCAAUUAACACCAUCAGAUCAUCCAAGUUUGGAACAUAUUUGUGCUAUGGAAUUUAUAUCACCAAAUGAAAUUAUAGUGGCGACAACCACUGCUCUUUUAAGAAUUGAAACACAUAAGGGUAAAAUAGUGAAAGAAUUACCAUAUUCGCAUGAAGUUGUUUUAAUAUCAUCUAGUAAACGUUAUGUGGCAUUGGGGAAAGUUAAUGGUUCAGUUGAUAUUUUUGAUCCAAAAUCAGACACUAUAGUGAAAACUUUUAUUUCAAGUUCAGGUAAACUUUCAGAUAUUGAUUUAAAAGAACAUACUUUAGUUACUUGUGGAUUUUCUCAACGUCAUGGUACUUAUGUACUGGAUCCAUUAGUGAAUGUUUAUGACCUGAGAACUUUAAAACCUUUGGCACCUAUAGCUUUCCCAGCAGGUGCUUCUUUUGUUAGACUACAUCCAAAACUGUCAAGUGUUGCAUUCAUUGCCUCCAAGACUGGUCAACUGCAAAUUGUUGAUAUGUUUAAUCCUACAAACGUUUCACUUUUCCAAAUUGAUGCUCGUCCUAUGGUUACAAAAUUUGAAUUAUCAUCUACAGGUGAUUUUUUGGCCAUUGCUGAUGGUUAUUCACUUCUUCAUUUAUGGUCUCAUAAUCCAGAACAUUCAUCCAUGUCUUCAAAAAUACCUCUGGAAUACCCAACCAUGCCAGAGACAAACACAACUCCAAUAUCGAUUGAUGAUGACGUUCCUUUGAAUACAAUUGGUAUGCCGUACUAUAAAGAAACUUUAUUAUCUGCAUGGCCAGCUCAAACUGUUUUCCGCAGUGCUGGUACUUUACCAAAAACAAUUGAUUCAUCCAUAUUACAGAAUGCUCAAAAUAUUGAUGGAUUACUUAUUGCUCCUUAUGAUAAGGAAAAAUAUGGUAGAAGAAAUCUUGCUAAGAAAUAUGUUUCAGUUAAAAAUAAUAAUGAAUCAAAUAAAUUCAAAAGUUUUAAAGCUUCCAAUAUACCAACAUCUCACAAAAGUCCAAAAGAACAAGAGAAUUUAUUUGAAAUUAAAGAAUCAGAUGCUCCAGAUAAACCACCACCAGCUUUUAAAAAAUUAGAAAUCUUAUAUAGUAAAUUUGGUGUUGGUGAUUUUGAUUUUGAUUCAUACAAUUCAACACAUUUCACAGGUCUUGAAGUUCAUGUUGAUAAUGCAUAUACAAAUUCUUUAUUACAACUUUAUAGAUUUGUUCCAGAAAUUUUCAAUUUUGUUCUUGGUAAUUUAGCCAUAGAAAAUUUAGAACCAAAUUCAAUAUUAAGAGAAUUAGGUUAUUUAUAUGAUAUGAUGGUUAAAUCAUUUGGUCAUCAUUUCAGACCCACAAAUUUCCAACAAGCAUUGUUAUCACUUGAUGAUGCUAUAAAAUCAGGAUUAGUUGAUAAAGAUAAUGAUUCCACUACAACCAUAGCUGCUGAUGUUGGAACAAAAAUUAAAGUUUUUAAUAGAGUUCUUCUUGAUAAUCUUGUUAAAGAUGAAAUGAAACAAGCAGUACCACAAUCAAGAUUUUUAAAAUCUCAUAUGGUAUUUGGUAUAGAAAUUGAAACAAGAAUAAGAUCAAUGUUUACCGGUGCUAUGUCAACAGAUAUAAAUAUUGUCAACUCCCUGGACUUAUUACCACCACAUACCAAUACCCAAAAAUUAGCAACAAGACAUGCCCUUGAUCCUUCCAUAUUAGCAUUUAUAGAAUCAUCAACAAAUAUAGUGGAACAAAGAAGCAUACUUAAUGAAGUAUCUGGCCAAUUGGAAGCUGUUGAAAUUAAUCAUGCAGUUAGAAGACUUCCACCUGUUGUUUCAUUCAAUUUACAUUUAAAAUAUGAUGAUUUGAAAGCAAUAAGAGGUAUUAAAAAUUGGUUAAGACCUAAAUUUUAUGCAGCUCAUAAUAAAGGAAGAAUUUCAAUUUAUGAUGAUGUUAAAAACAGUUUGAUUGCAGAUUCAUGUGAUGAAUAUGGAUUAGUUGGUUAUGUUGCAGAAGUUUCUGGAGAAUCUGAUAAAGAUAAACAUUUGGUUACAUUUGUUAAGAUUCAUAAUGAUUUUGAAAAAAAAACUGAAUGGUAUUUAUUUAAUGAUUUCCUGGUAACUCCUAUUCCAGAAUCUGAAGCUUUGAAUUUAUCAUAUUGGUGGAAAAAACCAGUAACUUUGAUUUAUAGAAAUUCUAAAGAACCUGGUCGUUUUGAUUAUGCUGCAUGGAGUAGAGGAUUAAAUGAUCAAAUCUUAUACAGAGAUCAUUUUGCAGCUGGUACAAGAGAAGGUAAAAGAAUUGAAUAUGAAAUGUUAACAAAAGAAGAAGCACCUCAACCUGGUACUUUGAUUGCAAUUGAUGCUGAAUUUGUGACAUUAGAAGAAGAACAAUUUGAAUUGAAAAGUAAUGGUACACGUUCAAUGUUGAAACCAAGUAAACAAACAUUAGCAAGAGUUUCUGUUCUUAGAGGUGAUGAUGGUCCUCAAAUGGGUGUUCCAUUCAUUGACGACUAUGUAGUAGUUCAAGAGGGGAUUCAUGAUUAUUUAACAUCUUUUAGUGGGAUCGAACCUGGUGAUUUAGAUCCAGCUACAAGUGAUAAAUCUUUGGUUAAUAGAGAAGUUGUUUAUAGAAAAUUAUGGUUAUUAAUCAAUUUAGGAUGUGUCUUUGUUGGUCAUGGAUUAAACAAUGAUUUUAGAACUAUAAAUAUUAGUGUUCCAAAAGCACAAGUUCGUGAUACUGCUGUUUUCUUUUAUAAAGGUCAAAGAAUUCUUUCAUUAAGAUUUUUAGCAUAUAUCUUGUUGGAUAAGAAAGUUCAAGCUGGAAAUCAUGAUUCAAUUGAAGAUGCUCAUACAGCUUUAUUACUUUAUAAAGAAUAUUUGAAACUCAAACAAUCUGGUAAUUUUGAAACAAUUUUAGAUAAUAUCUACAAUGAAGGUCAAGCAUUGAAGUUUAAACCUCCAGAAAAUUUUUAA